GUGGAAUUGUGCUCCUUUGUUCAGGUCUUUUUUUUUUUUUUUUAAUCUGAUGAAGUUGGAUCUGGGCUUUAACUUGAGCUUUCUUCUUGUUUAGACAGUUUUUCUAUUUACUGCAAAAGGUUUUGAGUAUUCAGAGCACACUCUGUGCCAAAUCGAGGCAUGGAUCGACUAUAUAGUGAAAUAUUUUUUCUGUUAAUCGCAGGUGCUUUGAUUAGGAGUACAUUUCAAAAUCUCCAUCUUACACCAAAGUACAUUAAAGUCUGUGAAGGGGCCUCGGUCACAAUCAACUGCACUACUCCAUCAGUUGCCAUUGGGUACAAAGUGAGCUGGCAUUAUUACCAAACAUCAGAGGCCAACUGUGACUCAAAGAGCAAACUUGAAGGACAACAUAGUAAUACCCUUUACAUUAAUGACAUCAGGACCAAUGAAAGCGGAUGGUACUUCUGCAAAUUUAUAAUAGAUAUUCCUUAUCUUGAAGAGCAGUGCAGUAAUGGGACUCAAGUUAUUGUUGAUGCCAACAUCACCAGCACCCAGGAAAAUCAGAACGACACUCAGAAUUGGAAUCAGAAUACCACAAAUUUACACAAUACUUGCUUGUUUAAUGCUACAACUACAACCUCCCCAAUUGGUUCUUUCCACCUGGGUGAAUGGUGGAUCUGGUUGGCAUUGGCAGUCGGAUGCGUAGUACUAGUUAUGUCAAUUGUUGUCAUAAGGAUUUUGACUUGCAGAACUAAAGAGAUCAUUUAUGAGAACACCAAACCCCAAAGACAGGGCUGCUGGACGUGCUCUCGGAAUCGGACAGAGAGCUUCGACCUACCUGCGUCCAAAAAAAAUGAAACCAUUAAACCAUUGAGGAAAUAUGAUUGUAUUUCAACAAACAAAAUCCGCAGACCAUAGAUAUUCCAUUUGAAAGUUUUGUAUUCUUCAAACCUAUUCAAAAAUCCACACAAUAUCUUGUACAUUUUCUUACUCUUAACCUGUAUUUAAUGAUGUAAUGCAGCAUUUCCCAUAAAAUGAGAAGCUGCACAGCUGUACCAUAAAUGAUUAUUAGCAUUUUUAAAGAAUAAAGAGAGAUCAUAAAAAAUGUUUUGUUUUUUAUGCAGUACUGCCCAGAAGAAGAUAGUUAACUCAAAAAUAAAAAUCCUGUCAUAAUUUACUCACUCUCAUGUCAUUCCAAAUCCAUAUGAAUUUAAUUUAUAGAUGUUUUAAUAAAUAUACAAUUCAAAUUCUCGCAUGAACAUGCAAGUCACUGUGUACGAGCAUCUCUCAUAGUAGUCAUGAACAUGGAACGGAUGACAUUUUCACUGGGUUUAGAAUGACAUUUCGGUAAAUUAUGACUGAAUUUUCAAAAUUGAGUGAACUACUAUGGGUUCAAUACAAGUUAAGCUCAGUUGACAGCAUUUGUGGCAUAAUGUGAUUACCACAGAAAAAAAUUAUUUAGACUCGUCCGUCCUUUUAUAAAAAAAAAUAUAAAAAUAAAAAUAAAAGCAGAAAUCAAAGUUACAGUGAGUCACUUACAAUGAAAGUGAAUGGGGGCCAAUUUUUGGAGGGUUUAAAAACAGAAAUGUGAAGCUUAUAAUUUUAUAAAAGCACACAUUAAGUCUUGUGUAUUAUUUGAGCUGUAAAGUUGUUUAAAUGAUCAUUUUUACUGUCAUUUUAGAGUUUAGGGUUUGCUGACAUUACAUUGUCAUGGUAACGAAGUUGUAAAAUUUGCUAUAACUUUACACAGAAAAGGUUAGUAAGUGAUUUUAUCACACUAAAUUCACACAUAUUAUUUAUACGCAUAUUAUUUAUAUUUUGUGGCUAUACUUUUGAAAUCGUGAGUAUUUUAACAUUUAAAGAAAAG